AUGGCUAUGAUGAAAUCUAUGGUUAUACUUCUCACAAUAUGCUUUGCAUUUUUAAUAUCACAUGGGCUAUCGCAAAAGUCACCAUUUGUUUCUCCUAGAAAUUCGAACUUUGUCGAUAAUAAGGAGUUCGUACUGGAAUGUUGGUCGUCUUUAUUUGACCUAGGGUGGUGCUAUGGUGAUCUUGUAAGGGCUGCAGAAAGCGGCAAAGUUGAUGUUGGUAUCGCGCCAACUUGUUGCAAAGCUGCCAGAAGCAUGGAUUCUGGGUGUUGGUCUAACAUAUUUCCUUACAAUCCAUUCUUCCCUCAAGUCUUUCAAGCAUACUGUUUACGUUUUCCAUCAGCACCUCCUCCACCAUCAGAUGCAGGUUCAAGAACACCAGAGCUUCAGGGACCAUCCAUGGCAUCUCCUCCUACACCGGUGAAUACAGAUGUGCAACCACCAAAGGCUGAGGGACCAUCCAUGGGGUCUCCUACACAGGUGAACGCAGAAGUGCCAACACCAAAUGCUGAUGAACCAACAUCCAUGGAGUCUCCUACACCGAUGAAUGCAGAUGUUCCAACACCAGACGCAGAGGGACCAUCUAUGGCGUUUCCUACACCAGUAAAUGGAGAUGUGCUAACACCAAUUGCCGAGGGACCAAUCUUUCUUGCACCAUUUGCUCUACCACCGUAUGCACCAUCUCCAAUUACUGAGGGACUGUUCAUGGAUAUGCCAAGGGGUGAGGGUCCAGUUUAA